AUGACGAACGCGAAAGACCUCAAAGAGUUACUCUGCGACCUCCAAGUCCCGAAUACUAUCAGAUUCUCCCCCGACGCCCGACAAAUCUUAUAUUCCACCAACCUGGAAUGGGAGCACAAGAAGGGCAGACAUCCAGUCUCGACUUUGUGGCUCGCGGAGACGGGUGAAGCGAACUCAUCUCGCCAAAUCACGGCCGGGCCUUUCAAAGACCACUUUCCCCGAUGGGACCCCCGCGGCCAGAGCAUUGCUUUCAUCUCAGACAGAUCAGGAGCUGGCGAGAAAUGGGCCAUAUAUGUCCAAAAUGUUCGCAAUGGCGUAGUGGAAGGAGAGCCUUACCCGGUGACUGAUGUCGAGAACGAGCGGCCCAUCCCCAAAUUUGAGUUCUCUCCCGACGGCAACGCUAUCGCCUUCAUCUGCGCGGAUCCGAAGACCGACGAGGAGAAAGCGCGCGAUGAGAAAGGCUGGGACAUGUCAGUGUGGGGCGAGGAUUGGGUCUUCAAUCGUAUCCGAGUGGUAGAUCUUGGUACAAAGCAGGUACGUCGCGUCACUGGCUCAUCACAUCCUCGAAUCGUACCAGAGAGACAUGUGCUUGGAUUUGCCUGGAGUCAUGAUAGCAAGCAUCUGGCCGUGGUAUCUGUCAAGUCAUCACACGUCGAAGAACCGUUCUUGACCGGCUCUGACAUUGCGGUCUUGCACCUUCCGUCCCAGACAAUCUACGAUCUGUGCCAUCUCCCUAGAUUCCCAAAGGAUAUAAUCUGGGCACACGACGGUUAUUUGUAUUUCAUCUCCGGCAAGCCGGCGGACAAAGUCCUCGCCGGCCAAGCUCUGUACGCAGUCCUUCCUGAGCCGGAUUCCAGGGGGUUGUUUUCCAAAAGAGCCAAAUAUAAACGUGUCGCAUUCGGCAUUGAAAACGACAUAUCUCUGGUCUGACCAGUGUGUCUGGCCAAGUCCUGGCUCGUGUGCAAUGCGGAGUAAUCGAUCAACUGUACCUACAUCCAGAUCGUGUCAUAUUCGACAAGCUUGGCGAGAUUCGAGCUUAUGAUGCGGCGUACACGACUGAUGGCGACGAGAUAGUCCUUGCUUUCUCGGCUUCAGACACCAACCACCCUCUCGAAGUAUACACAACCGCUGCAUCGGGAGGAGCCUCUGUACAACUCUCCAAUCACGGUGCCGCUUUGAAGAACCGCGCUUUCGGCUCUUGCACUUUUCUCACAUGCCCUUCUACGGAUAAGCAGGUCCAACUGGAUGGUAUUUUCCUCACUCCCUCAUCUUCGGAUCCAAAACCGAAGAAACCUCUACCCACUGUAGUCCUCAUUCACGACGGUCCCUCAGAUCGCGACACCAACCGUUUCAAUACGAACUACUACUACUGGACCCCUUACCUCCUCUCCCUUGGCUACGGCAUCCUCCUGAUCAACUACCGCGGCAGCACAGGCAAAGGCCGCUCUUUCGCAGAGUACUCGAUCGGUGGAGCAGGAAAACACGACUGGAAAGACAUCAUCGCCAUGACCACGCACGCCAUUACGGAAAAGCACGCCGACAAAGACAGACUCCUCGUAGGCGGCUGGGGCCAUGGCGGCUUCCUCUCAUACCUCUGCUGCGUUCGUAACGGGCCCCAUUCGUUCGGGUGGAAAUUCCGUGCCGCGAUUGCGGGUUCUGGCAUGGUGGAUAUGGAUGCCAUGGCUCUCACUUCGGAUUUGGGCGGGACGUUGGGCGCGGAAUUGAACGAUGGCGCGUCGCCUUGGAAUCGGAAGAGGGAUUUUGUGGGCAAUCGGGAUGCGGCUGCUCUUUGGCUCUUUCGGGGGGCGGUGCAGGUUUCGAGGCAGACGGGGCAGAUGGUUGUGCCGCCUAUGUUGAUCUUGCAUGGGGAGAGGGAUGAAAGGUGUCCGAUUACGCAGGCGUGGGGGAUGAGGAGGGCGUUGGAGAGUGCUGGGUUGCCGUAUGAGUUUGUCACGUAUCCGCGACAACCGCAUAUCUUUACGGAGCGGAAUUUCUGGGUGGAUAUGCUGGAUCGGGUGGGCAAAUUUUGUGAGAAACAUAUUGGUCCGGGGGAGAAGGUGAGGUAG